AUGCGUCUAUUAGCCACCGGCAGAGCCCUGCGUGCCAGCAGUGGUCGCUGGACCAUUGCCGCAUCGUGUUUGAGAAUUGCGCGCCCACCCCUAUCAACAGUCCACCACCGCGAAUGGAGCUCAACCACACCUCGUCGGACAGCCGACCACCCUUUAGCCACCUCAACCUCUCAGACUUCCAAACAGCGAGCCAAUCUCACCAUUGAAGGCGAGCCCUACCCCACGGACCAAUGGACCAACACCCCCGACACCAUUCUGUCGCAUGUCGGCCGACGGCUAUACCUGGACGACAAUCACCCGCUCGCAAUCACGCGCAAGCUCAUCGAAAGCCAAUUCCCCAGCCCUGUCUUCGGCAACUACUCUGAGAAAAACCCCGUCGUCACCACGGCACAGAACUUCGACGUCCUCGGCUUCCCGCCAGAUCACCCGGGCCGCAGCCGCACUGAUACAUACUAUGUUAAUGAGAAGACGGUGCUUCGCACUCACACGAGCGCACACCAGCAGGCAUACUUCCAGCAGAUUAAUCGCAAUGAACAGACACGCCCGGAGGAGGUCGGGUACACCGUGAUCGCGGAUGUCUACCGCCGCGACGCCAUUGACCGCAGCCACUACCCGGUCUUCCACCAGAUGGAGGGUGCUAUGCUGUGGAAGCGGCCGUCCCCGGAUCCGCUGGCGCAUUCCAGCGCAACAGCCGCAAAGGUCAUGGCGGAUCUGGACAAGCUCCCGCGUCACGACGUCGUGGUCGAAGACCCGAACCCGACCAUCCACCCGGAGCGCAAUCCGCUGCAAGCGGAGCAUCACAGUGCCGAGGAGGCCGAGGCCGUAGGCGCGCACCUGAAGCGGUCUCUGGAGAACAUGGUGAUCCGCAUCUUCACUGAGGCCAGCAAAGCCGCGGCCGCAAGCACAGGCACCCAAACCGAACAGGAACCCUUGAAAGUGCGCUGGGUCGAGGCCUACUUCCCGUUCACCAGCCCAUCCUGGGAGCUUGAAGUCUUCUGGCAAGGCGACUGGCUCGAGAUUCUAGGCUGCGGCGUCAUCAAACAAGAACUCCUGAUCAACUCCGAUGUAUCCGACCGCAUGGGCUGGGCGUUUGGCUUGGGCAUCGAACGCAUCGCCAUGCUCCUCUUUAACAUCCCUGAUAUUCGCCUCUUCUGGUCCCGCGAUGAGCGGUUCCUAUCCCAGUUCCGCGCCGGCCACAUCGCGCGCUUCGAACCUUUCUCGAAGCAUCCGGCCUGCUACAAGGACGUUGCCUUUUGGCUGCCUCCUGCUGCCGUCACUGGUGGUAAGAGUGCGGCAGGCGGUGCUGUUCCCUUUCAUGAAAAUGACGUGAUGGAGAUUGUGCGCGGCAUCGGCGGUGAUCUUGUCGAGGAUGUUGCUCUUAUUGAUGAGUUUACGCAUCCCAAGACGGGCCGCAAGAGCAUGUGCUAUCGUAUCAACUACCGCAGUCUUGAGCGCACCUUGACGAACGAGGAGACCAAUGGACUACAUGAUCAGGUCCGGGAGAAGCUUGUUGGGCUCCUGGGCGUGGAAUUGAGGUGA